AAGACACUGGGGGAUAAAAUACACUGUCGUCGCUCCUCUAAAGUACACGGAAUUUACCUGUUUUACAUGGAUAUAAUCUUAUGCCAACAUCGGAUAUUUAUGAAGGACUGUUCUGCUUUCUAUCCGCUGUAGCUUGAGGAGAAUAAGGAGAAAUAAUGGAUCAGAAUCUAUUUGGUGGGGCCCCACGCUUUCUAACUCGACCCAAAGCCUUUCAGCUCAGUGUGGGGCGAGAUGCCUCCCUCAGCUCAACUAUCGUUGGAAACCCUGUACCUGUUGUCACCUGGGAGAAAGACAAACUCAUUCUUUCUGCAGGGGGGCGCUUCAAGACUGUCGAGGAUGGCAGCGUUUAUCGCCUCACCAUCUACGAUCUUACUCUUGAAGACAGCGGUCAGUACAUGUGCCGUGCCAAGAACAAUGUCGGAGAGGCGUAUGCAGCUGUGACCCUGAAGGUAGGAUUGCCUCCAGCUGCUGUAGAUCGUGCUCCGGUGUUUACAGUGAAGCCCGUCUCCAGCCGAGUGGGUCUGGGCGGUGAUGUUACCUUCUAUUGCCGUGUUGCAGCACAUCCUCCACCAACCUAUGAUUGGGAGAAAGACGGUCGCUACCUGGGUGAGACCAACCGUAUCAAGAUCACAUCAGAUAACGAAUCCAGCUCCAUGCGGAUUCAAAGCGUUCGGAGCAUGGACAGUGGAACGUACACCUGCCGUGUGCAGAACUCUAUCGGCCGUGCUCAAUCCGCCGCCACCCUGGUAGUGGACAUGCAGGACACCCAUCUUCUCAACGCCGAUAAGAGCACCUCCCUCCUCUCGCAAAUGCAGAAGCGAAAAGAAGAGAUGCGGAGAGACAUCUCCAUCUACCGCACCAUGGAAAGCUCCUCCACCUCGCUUACGACCUCAUCCUCGAAGAUCACCGAAGAACUUGGCAGCUUGGGGCUAGCCUAUGAUCAUGAGCAGAGGGUUUCGGCCCUGGCGAACAUGUUGCCCAAAGGUGUGUUUACCCGCACCUGUACGGUGACCGAGGGUAAACACGCAAAGCUCAGCUGUUUUGUCACAGGUCAUCCGAAACCGCAGAUUAUUUGGCGGAAAGAUGGGUCAAACAUCAGCGAAGGCCGCAGACAAGUUAUGUAUGAGGAUCAGGCAGAGAAUUUCAUCCUCAAGGUGCUGUACUGCAAGCAGAGUGAUAAUGGGCUGUACACCUGCAACGCAUCUAACAUGGCUGGACAGACCUACAGCGCUGUGCUAGUGAUUGUCAAAGAGCCAAAGAUUCCAUUUAAGAGGAAGUUGCAGGAUGUCGAGGUGAAGGAAAAGGAAACGGCAACUUUGCAAUGUGAGGUACCAAUGUCGAACACCCAAGCCAAAUGGUACAUGGAAGAGACUUGUCUAGAACAAAAUGCUAAGUACCGCCUGGAUCAGGAGGGUACAUUACGUCGCCUCACAAUUCACAACGUUACCACCAACGAUGAUGCCGUCUAUAUCUGCGAGAUGAAGGAGGGCAGUCGCACCGUGGCAGAACUAACAGUUUUGGGGAACAUCACUAAAAAGCUGCCUAGGCGGACAGUGGUGCCGGUUAGCGAUACAGUGAUCUUCUGCGUUGAACUUGAGCAACCAGUAGAUGAUGCAUAUUGGACCAGGAAUGGGGAAAGGCUAAAAGAGGACUCCCGAAUUAUAAUCGCCCGCAUAAACAGACAGUACACCCUAACGAUUCGUGAAUGUACCGCAGAGGACUCAGGUGAGGUGGCCUUCAUCGCCCUUGACUGCAAGACGUCCACUCGCUUCUCUGUUACUGCACCGAGGAAACAUCCACCAGAUCCCCCAGUUGAACCGACGGUGCGGAACAAGACAGAUUCAUCUUUCACGCUAUGCUGGUCCCCACCAGAUAGUGACCGGCCUGUCCCCAUCACGGGUUACAUUGUGGAGCGUAGGAAGGUGGGAGUUCAAACCUGGGUUAAAGUAACUAGUACGACUGUGUCUAGUACUGAAUACACCAUUAAGGAAAUCCCUGAGGAGGCAAGUUUUCAAUUCCGUAUAUCAGCAGUCAACGAUUUCGGUCAGAGUGCCUACUUGGAGAUACCUGGAACGUUUUACCUUGAGCCCACAGGGUCAGUGAAGACAGGCCUUGUAAGCUGUAGUGCACAUGCGGGUGAAGAGGCCACUUUCACUGUUGAGCUGUCAGCUGUAUGUUCUGCCUCCUGGACAAUAAAUGACCGAAUGAUCCGUAGUGGAUCUGAAUACCUGAUCACGCGCUCAAAGACAACACACACACUUGUUAUCAGGGAGGUGUCCAUGGACCUGGAUGGGGCACAGGUCAGAUUUGUGGGUGGUGGAUCUCAGAGUGUUGGCACGCUUCAUGUUAAAGCUCCGGCAGCACGUUUCACCAACAAGUCUUCUCGGGGGGAGGUGUUUACCUUCAGUAUACAUUCCUCUGCACAGAUGUACACAGAAGUGUCCAAUUCUAGUGUGCAGGUCACCUGGAUGAAGAAUGGGAAGGAGUUGAGGAUGGGUAAAAAAUAUGAAGCCACAAGUGUAGACCGCAAACGCAUACUAACAGUCCACAAUGUUACCCAUGAAGAUGUGGGCGUCUACGAAUGCAUGUGUGAUGGUGAUAAAAUGUCUGUUCAACUAGCCCUCAAAGAAGAACCAGCUAAGUUUGUUAACACGCAGAGGGCCCAGCCCCAGGAGAGCGAAGCUCUGAUGGGUGACGUAGUGUUGAGCUGUGAGGUUGCUUCUCCUGGAACCACUGUUGUGUGGAAGAAAGACCAGAAAGAAAUAACUGAGGACAAGAGGACAACCUUUGUCUCUCAAGGGACGCAAAGAAAGCUGGUCAUCAAGAGUGCCAAGCAGAGCGAUGAAGGACGCUACUCAUGUGAAACCCCAGAGGACAAGAUGACAUUCCUGGUCAAGAUAAAAGAAACUCAGGCUGCCUUUUCAAACAAAGACUCUUAUCAGAAAGAAGUGAGGAUUUCAACCUCCCAGAAAGCCACACUGAGCUGUGAAGUUUCUGACUCCAAGACUGAGGUGAAAUGGUUCAAGGAUGGCAAGCAGUUGAGCUCCAGUAAGACUGUACAGAUGGAGUCAAAGGGCAAGAGCCGUCAGCUUGUGCUGGAGAACGUGGAGAAGAAAGAUGCUGGAGAGUACACCUGUGAAGCUGGAAAAGAAAAGCUGGUCUUUAAGAUUCACGUGGAAGACAUUCAAGCGGCUUUCUCCAACAAGGACACCUAUCAGAAGGAAGUCAAAGUAUCUGCUUCCCAGAAAGCUACGCUGAUCUGUGAAGUUUCUGACUCCAAGACCGAAGUGAAAUGGUUCAAGGAUGGCAAGCAGUUGAGCUCCAGUAAGAGUGUACAUAUGGAGUCUAAGGGCAAGAGCCGUCAUCUUGUUCUGGAGAAUGUGGAGAACAAGGAUGCUGGAGAGUACACCUGUGAAACUGGAAAAGAAAAGCUGUUCUUCAAGAUUCAGGUGUCAGACGUUCAAGCUGCCUUUGCAAACAAGGACACCUAUCAGAAGGAAGUCAAAGUAUCUGCUUCCCAGAAAGCCACACUGAGCUGUGAAGUUUCUGACUCCAAGACUGAGGUGAAAUGGUUCAAGAAUGGCAAGCAGGUAAGCUCCAGUAAGAGUGUACAGAUGGAAUCAAAGGGCAAGAGCCGUCAGCUUGUGCUGGAGAAUGUGGAGAAGAAAGAUGCUGGAGAGUACACUUGUGAAGCUGGAAAAGAAAAGCUUGUCUAUAAGAUCCACGUGGAAGACAUUCAAGCGGCUUUCUCCAACAAGGACACCUAUCAGAAGGAAGUCAAAGUAUCUGCUUCCCAGAAAGCCACGCUGAUCUGUGAAGUUUCUGACUCCAAGACAGAAGUGAAAUGGUUCAAGGAUGGCAAGCAGUUGAGCUCCAGUAAGAGUGUACGGAUGGAGUCUAUGGCCAAGAGCCGUCAGCUGGUGCUGGAGAAUGUGGAGAACAAGGAUGCUGGAGAGUACACAUGUGAAGCUGGAAAAGAAAAGCUGGUCUUCAAGAUUCAGGUGUCAGACGUUCAAGCUGCCUUUGCAAACAAGGACACCUAUCAGAAGGAAGUCAAAGUAUCUGCUUCCCAGAAAGCCACACUGAGCUGUGAAGUUUCUGACUCCAAGACUGAGGUGAAAUGGUUCAAGAAUGGCAAGCAGGUGAGCUCCAGUAAGAGUGUACAGAUGGAAUCAAAGGGCAAGAGCCGUCAGCUUGUGCUGGAGAAUGUGGAGAAGAAAGAUGCUGGAGAGUACACAUGUGAAGCUGGAAAAGAAAAGCUUGUCUAUAAGAUCCACGUGGAAGACAUUCAAGCGGCUUUCUCCAACAAGGACACCUAUCAGAAGGAAGUCAAAGUAUCUGCAUCCCAGAAAGCCACGCUGAUCUGUGAAGUUUCUGACUCCAAGACCGAAGUGAAAUGGUUCAAGGAUGGCAAGCAGUUGAGCUCCAGUAAGAGUGUACAUAUGGAGUCUAUGGGCAAGAGCCGUCAGCUGGUACUGGAGAAUGUGGAGAACAAGGAUGCUGGAGAGUACACAUGUGAAGCUGGAAAAGAAAAGCUGGUCUUCAAGAUUCAGGUGUCAGACGUUCAAGCUGCCUUUGCAAACAAGGACACCUAUCAGAAGGAAGUCAAAGUAUCUGCAUCCCAGAAAGCCACACUGAGCUGUGAAGUUUCUGACUCCAAGACUGAGGUGAAAUGGUUCAAGGAUGGCAAGCAGUUGAGCUCCAGUAAGAGUGUACGGAUGGAGUCUAAGGGCAAGAGCCGUCAGCUUGUGCUGGAGAACGUGGAGAAGAAAGAUGUCGGAGAGUACACUUGUGAAGCUGGAAAAGAAAAGAUGGUCUAUAAGAUUCAGGUGUCAGAUGUCCAAGCUGUCUUUGCAAACAAGGACACCUAUAAGAAAGAAAUCAAAGUAUCAACCUCCCAGAAAGCCACACUGAGCUGUGAAGUUUCUGACUCAAAGACUGAGGUCAAAUGGUUUAAGGAUGGUAAGCAGUUGAGCUCCAGUAAGAGUGUCCACAUGGAGUCAAAGGGCAAGAGCCGUCAGCUUGUGCUGGAGAACGUGGAGAAGAAAGAUGCUGGAGAGUACACCUGUGAAGCUGGAAUUGAGAAGCUAGUCUAUAAGAUUCAGGUGUCAGGUAUAGAAACCAUCUUUACAUCAGCUACAAAGGAAACAUUGGUGGUUGAGACAACAGAGAAGGUCGUUUUAAAAACUGAGGUGACAUCUGAGAGUUGUGAUGUUAAGUGGUUCAGGGAUGGUGUGGAACUGAAAGAAGGAUCAAAAUAUGAGAUGAAACAAGAAGGUCACUCACGGAUCCUUUUUGUGAAGUCCUCUGAAUCCAAAGACAGCGGCACUUAUUCUUGCCAGACAGCUGAUGAUAAGCUGGAGUUCAAGGUCCAGGUCAAAGAGAUACCUUUGAAGUUUGUUGUGCCAUUGCAGCCAGUGUCUGCAGUAUUAGAAAGCACCAUGACCCUCUCCUGCAGUCUUAACAAAGCUACAAGUAACGUCCUUUGGAGGCAUAACGGGAAGGAAAUCAAACCAGGUGACAGGCACAGUGUCCGGACCGAUGGCACCAAUUGCAUCUUGACUGUGUCUCAUGUGGUUCAGGCGGAUGAAGGAGAUUACAGCUGUGAAUGCAAAGAUGACAAAACCGCCAACAAAGUUACUACAAAAGCCCCACGUCUAGUGAGGUUCACUAGCAAGCUAAACAAUAUUGUUGCGAAUGAAGGCAAAGACGCCAUCUUCAAAUGCUCAAUUACACCUCCUGAUGCGUGUGUCAGAUGGCUGCGAAAUGAUGUUCCCAUAACAGCCAGUCCUAAAUUUAACAUCGCUCAAGGAGGCGGCAGUCACUCUCUUACCAUUACGGCUGUCACUCAGGAGGAUGCAGGAGAGAUCAGUAUUGAUGCCGAAGGCAAAGUGUGCAAGGCCACACUGCAAGUACAACAGCUUCCUGUGACCUUCAAGAAGAAGCUUGCAGAUGUCACUGUUCAGGAGCAAGACACAGUUCGGUUGGAAGUAGAGCUCAGUAAACACUCUACAGAGGUGAAGUGGAUGAAGAAUGGUGUGAUACUGCAACCAGGUGGGAAUCUGGAAAUCCAUGUUGAUGGUGUCAAACAGACCCUGAUCUUCAGGAGUGUGACAAAUGGUGACAGAGGCCACUACUCCUGCGAAACCCUGGAUGAUAAGACCCAGGCCAAACUGACAGUAGAGAUUAAGAAGAUUCAGGUGGUUAAAGGCCUUAAAGAGAUGAAAGUACAAGAAAAAGAGACCGUCACAAUGGAGGUGGAGCUCAGCAAGGCUGAUGUAGAAGGUUCCUGGAGCAAAGAUGGCAAGAAACUGAAGGCAGCACCCAAUGUCCUUAUUACAACAUUGGGGAACAAGCACUGCCUGACUAUGUCCCAGCUGAAACUUAGUGAUGGUGGAACUAUCGCUUUUCAGGCUGAGUCUGUCCAUACUUCUUGCAAACUCAUUAUUACAGAGCCUCCAGCAAAGAUCCUCAAACCUCUACGAGACAUCAGUUGUCCUGAAAAGGAUAAAGUCACUUUUGAAUGUGAGGUGUCAAGAGCAAAUGCUGAUGUCAAAUGGUUUAAGGCUGAUGAGGAACUGAAGCCAGGAAAGAAAUUUAGCAUCCAUUCCCAGGGCAACAAACGCAGUCUACUUAUUCACACGUGUAUCUAUGAGGACCAGGGUCAAUAUAUAUGUAAAACAACAGAUGACAACACUUCAGCCGAGCUCACUGUUCAUGCUCGGGAUAUUAAGAUUAUGAAGCCACUUCAGGACUUGGAGGUGACAGAGAAGGAGAGUGCGACAUUUGUCUGUGAGAUCAACCACGAUGAGGUAGAGGCUCAAUGGCACAAAGGGGACACAAAGCUCAAACCUGGAGACAACAUAAAAAUCAGGCAGGAGGGUAGAACAUACACUCUGCUCUUCAAAUCAGUAAAGGCAGAGGAUGCAGGCGAAGUCAAGUUCACAGCAGAGAAGGCAUCAUCAACUGCUAAACUGAAGGUUAAAGAGCUGCCUGUGAGAUUUGUGAAGAAGCUGAGGGACAAAAUCGCCAUGUACAAACACAGAGCGUACUUAGAGUGUCAGGUGUCCCGGCCCAGUGCUAAAGUUACAUGGUACAAGAACAAGACUGAGAUUAAACCCAGCAAGAAGCAUGAGAUUUCCAGUGAGGACAUCUACAGGAAGCUCAUCAUCACUGACGUGGACGCAGAAGAUGAGGAUACAUACGUGUGUGACGCCAUUGAUGAUAAGACAUCAUGUCAGCUUCUUGUAGAGGAGCAGGCUAUCAGCAUAGUACGAGAGCUUAGCUCUGUGGAGGUGACAGAGCCAUUUGCUGCCCACUUUGAGGUGGAAGUGAGUGUGGAGACAGUUAAGGCAGUAAAGUGGAUGCUAAACAAGGAACAGCUAGCGGAGAGUGCAGAUAUUGAGAUGGAGAAAGAGGGAACCAUGCAUCGGCUUACUUUUAAGAAGACCAAGGCCUCCAUGUCAGGCCCUGUCCAGUUCACUGCUGGAAAAAGCAAAUCUACAGCUGAGCUCAAAGUAAAAGAGCGUCCCAUUGAAGUUCUGGAACCGCUUAAAGAUAUGACAGCCAAGGAGAAGACUUCCAUUACAAUGUGCUGCAAGUUUUCUGCCCCACCAAAAGAAGUACAAUGGUUUGAGGGUCAGACUGCUUUGAAAGCUUCUAGCAAGUACAGCAUGAGGCAAAAGGACGCCUACGUGCAGUUGACCAUCCAGACCUUGAGUGCAGAGGACUCUGGGGAGUAUUGCUGUCGGGUUGGGGUCUGUGAGAGCAAAGCCAAUCUCAAAGUAGAAGUGCGUAAAAUCCAGAUCACAAAACAUCUAGCAGACUUUGAGGUAGAUGAAGAUGGUGAUGCCGUGUUCACCUGUGAAGUCAACUAUCCAGAUGAAGAGGUACAGUGGAUGCUCAAUGACAAACCACUCUUCAACAAUGAGGUCAAUUCCAUCACUCAUGUGGAUAAGACCCAUACCCUCACUCUCAAGAACCUGGCACCCGAGGAUGGUGGGAAGGUCAACUUUAGUAUUAGAGAUGUGAAAGAAACAGCAGUCCUGAAGGUAAAAGAGAAGAAGGCUGUAUUCCUGAAGUUGCUGGAUGAUGUGGUUGCAGAGGAGAAGGGCAAAGUUACUCUUAAGUGUGAAGCCUCAAAACCCAGGGUUAGCCCGGUGUGGCGCAAAGAUGGUACUAUCUUAGCAGCAGGCAAGAAGCAUGAGCUCCUCCAUGAUGGCAAAUCUUUGGGAUUGGCUGUCCAUGACAUCACACAGGGUGAUGCUGGAGAGUAUAGUUGUGAUCUUGGCACGGAUCUAACCAAAUCUAAAGUCACUGUUAGAGAUAUUCAAAUUGGAAUCACCAAGCGUCUUAAGUCAAUAGAGGCCAAAGCAGGUGAAAACUGCACAUUUGAGUGUAUCUUGUCCAGGGAAAGCUCAGAGAAGUGUGUCUGGAGUCUUCAAGGCCAGCCUAUCACUGACGGUGGACGAUUCCAAAUAAGCAGCAAAGGGCGUAAGUACACCGUAACAAUCAAAGGAGUCUCAGCGUCUGACUCUGGUGAGGUGGUCUUCACUCUCAAGGACCUAAGCUCGAAGGCAACUCUUGCUGUUGAAGGUGAAGCUCCAACAAUUUCCAAAGAGCUUCAAGGUAUCAGUGCCAAAGCUGGUGAGGAUGCAACCUUCUCCUGUGAACUUUCUCAACCUGGACUGGAGGUCAAGUGGUCCAAGGAUGGCAAGUCUAUCAGGAAGAGCCAGAAAUAUGAGAUCAUCCAGGCGCAGACACUCGUAAAUCUGACUGUCCGCAGUGUCAAUGAAAAAGAUGCUGGAGAAUAUAGCUGUGAGGUCACUGGUGGUCCAACCUCGAAGGCAAAACUUGAGAUCAAAGUAGUACCUGCAAAGUUCAAAGGGCAGCUGAAGAACCAGCAGGUUACAGAGGAUGGGAAAGUCUUGCUCUCCUGUGUCCUCUCAAAACCUGGCUGCCAAGUGCAGUGGAAGAAGGGAGCUGAAAUCCUUAAAUCUGGUGGAAGAUUUCAAAUAACUGAGAAGGAUACCGUGUUCGAGCUGCAGAUUUUAAAUUUAGUGGUUGAGGACACUGGAGAAUAUGUCUGUGAAUGUGGAAAUGAGAGGACAGCAGCAACAGUUGUUGUCAAUGCAUUACCAGUGAUCUUCAAACGUGAGCUACAGAGCCAAGAGUGUGAGGAAGGAGACAGUGCAACUCUUCAAUGUGAACUCUCCAAACCUGACAUUCCUGUGGUUUGGAGAAAAGGAACACAGGUGAUCCAGCCUGGAGAAAAGUACUCCAUCAAAAAAGAUGGAGCAACUGUUGAGCUGAAGAUUGCCGAUCUCAAGCCUGAAGAUGCUGGACAAUACACUUGUUUGUGUGGAGACAGUAAGACAACAGCAAAUAUCAAGAUCAAGGCAUCACCUGUGAUCUUCAAACGUGAACUACAGAACCAGGAAUGUCAAGAAGGACAAAGUGUUACUCUUCAGUGUGAACUCUCUAAACCUGGAGUUCCUUUGGUUUGGAGGAAAGGAACACAAGUGAUCCAUUCUGGAGAAAAGUACCACAUCUGCCAAGUUGGAUCUAAACUUGAGCUGAAGAUCAAUGAUCUCAAACCUGAAGAUGCUGGAGUCUACAGUUGUGAUUGUGGAUUUAACAAGACCUCAUCUACCAUUACUGUCAAUGAAUUGCCAGUGGUCUUCACACGUGAGCUAAAAAACCUUGAGUGUGAUGAGGGCGGCAGUGGUACCCUGUCCUGUGAAGUUUCCAAACCUGGUGUCCCUUUGCAGUGGAAGAAAGGAAGUCAGGUCAUCCAGUCUGGAGGAAGGUACAUUAUCAAGCAGACUGCAUCAAAGGUGGAGCUGAAGAUCACUGGUCUUAAACCUGAAGAUGGAGGAGAAUACACAUGUGUAUGUGGCGACAAGAAAACCACAGCCAAUAUGAAGAUCAAGGCUCGCCCAGUUCAGUUUAUGCAAGAACUCCUCAACCAAACAUGUGAUGAAGGAGGCAGCGUUUCUUUGUACUGUGAACUCUCAAAACCUGGAGUUCCUGUGGUGUGGAGGAAAGGAACAUGGGUGAUCCAUUCUGGUGGAAAGUAUGUCAUCAAGCAAGUUGGGUCUACUGUUGAGCUGAAGAUCACAGAUAUUAAACCUGAAGAUGCUGGAGACUACGUUUGUGAUUGUGGAGACAACACCACCAAAGCUAACAUCAAAGUCAAUGCAUUACCAGUGAUCUUCAAGUGUGAGCUACAGAACCAGGAGUGUCAAGAGGGGGACAGUGUUACUCUUGAGUGUGAACUUUCAAAACCUGGAGUUCCCGUCGUAUGGAGGAAAGGAACACAGGUGAUCCUUUCAGGACGAAAGUAUGUCAUCAAGCAAGUUGGGUCUACUGUUGAGCUGAAGAUCACAGAUCUCAAACCUGAAGAUUCUGGAGACUAUGCCUGUGAUUGUGGGGACAACAUCUCUAAAGCUUAUAUCAAAGUCAAUGCAUUACCAGUAAUCUUCAAGCGUGAGAUACAGAACCAGGAGUUUCAGGAGGGAGACACUGUUACUCUGCAGGGUGAACUCUCAAAACCUGGAGUUCCUGUGGUGUGGAGGAAAGGAACACAGGUGAUCCAUUCAAGAGGAAAGUAUGUCAUCAAGCAAGUUGGGUCUACUGUUGAGCUGAAGAUCACAGAUCUCAAACUUGAAGAUGCUGGAGACUACGUUUGUGAUUGUGGAGACAGUGUCACAACUGCCAACGUAAAGGUUAAUGCUCUUCCAGCCAUUUUCACACAAGACCUGAAGAAUCAGACUGCCGUCGAGGGGGAGAGCAUCAUCUUCCAUUGCAAGCUCUCCAAAACAAACAUUCCUGUGGAGUGGCGAAGGGGUGAAAUUGGUCUUUGUCCGUGUGCAAAAUAUGAGUUCAAACAAGAUGACCACCAAGUCCAGCUGGUCAUACAUGACCUUGAUCCUGAUGACUCUGGUGACUACAUUUGUGACAGUGGAGAUCAAAAAAACACUGCACAUUUGGAAGUUAAGGCACUUCCAGUUCUUUUCAAAAUUGCUCUGCACAAUCUGGAAACUGAGGCUGAGGAAAAUGCAGUUUUUAGAUGUGAACUUACCAAACCUAGAGCCAAAGUCACCUGGAGGAAAAACAAUAAUGUUAUAGAAUCAAGCAGCAAAUAUGAACUGAAGCAGGAUGGUGUAGUGGCUGUUCUUAUUAUCUACAAACUUCAGAGAGGAGACUCUGGAGAUUACUCCUGUGAGACAGAACAUGAUCGGACGUCUGCCAAGCUCACGGUGAAUGAACCAGAAGUUGAGAUUGUUACUGGUCUGAAGAGCAGCAUUGUCAGUGAAGGUGAUGAUGUCCAUUUUGAAUCCAUCGUUUCUCAUGACAAUGCAUCUGGUGUUCAGUGGACACUUCAAGACGUCCCACUUCAGAACAAUGAAAUGAAUAAAAUCCGAACAGAGGGCAAAAGACAUACACUAACAUUAAGAAGUGUCACUCAGAAGGACUCGGGAACAGUGUCCUUUCAAGUGGGUGGUCACACUUCUUUCGCUUGUCUUACAGUCAAAGCAGUCCCAGUGCAAUCAUUUGUGAAGGAUUUGACAUGCCAAGAAGUCACAGAAGGAGACAAUGCCUCAUUAUGUUGUGAGACCUCAAUCCCAGAUGCAAAUGUGAGCUGGAAGAAGGGAACAUUGGUCCUAACUGACGGAACGAAGUAUUCCAUAAAGAGGGAAGGCACAAUUCAAACAUUGGUGAUUCAUAAGCUAUCAGUAGAAGAUGGUGGAGAGUACAUAUGCGAAGCAGGAGGCAAAGAAAGCAAAGCCACAUUGACCGUCAAAGAAUGUGUAAAAAUCACACGAGAAUUAAAGGAUGUUACUGUGAUAACGGGUGAGGACGCUACCUUCCGGUGUGAAGUAUCCCAUUCAGGGUGUACUAAUGUCGAGUGGUGGCUCGGCUCCAACGCCCUUCAAAACAAUGACUUGAAUCAGAUCAGCUGCAGAGGGAGGGAACACAGCCUUGAGCUGAGAAUGGUCACGACAGAUGAUUCAGGCGAUGUAGCUUUUGUGGUUGGCCAAGAAAGGAGCAUCGCCUACUUGAUGGUGCAGGAGAAACCCAAAGUUGUAUUCUUAGAGAAGCCUCUGGACAUAACUGCAAAAGAGGGUCAAACAGUUACACUAUCCUGUAUGACCUCCGACCCUGAGGCCUCUGUCACCUGGCACAGAAAUGAGGAGAUGAUAAAGGCAGGGGGCAGAUAUCUGCUUUACAAGGAUAGAGCUGUCCAUCAACUCCGCAUCCUUAGGGUGGAGGAAGGGGAUGCAGGGCUGUAUACUUGCAAAACCAAAGAUGCAGAAAGCUCAGCCACCCUUACUGUAAAAGGACAGCCUCCAUUCUUCCUCAAAGAAUUAGAGAACCAAAAGGCAACAGAGGGAGAUAGCAUUGCCUUGCGCUGCGAGCUCUCUAAGCAGAGUAUAAGAGUAGAGUGGAGAAAGGGUGGAGUGGUGCUCCAACCCAGUAAGAAAUAUCAGAUGAAACAGGAAGGAUGUGUACAGGAGCUUCAUGUUCAUGAUCUGGAACCUGAGGACAAUGGCUACUACACAUGUGAUGCUGGAGACCAGUUGACCACAGCAUCAAUCUCAGUCCAAGAGACUGAGGUCCUCAUAGUGUCGGGUUUAAAGAAUACAGAUGUGUUUGUGGGAGAACGGGCCAUUUUCUCCUGCCAGCUCUCUCGCAGCUCAAAAGGCCGAGUUCAAUGGUGGCUAGAUGGCACUCGUUUGGAGAACAGUACCUUCAGUGAGAUGAGUGUUGGUGAAAACCAUGUCCACACCCUCACCCUAAGGAACGCUUCUCCCAAUGACUCAGGAACGGUCCUGUUCAAAACGGGUGCCCUGACAUCCUCUGCUAAGCUCUUAGUGAAAGAUCCCAAUGUGGAGGUGGUCAGUGCCAUGGAGGACCAACAUGUAGCAGAGAACCAGCCUGCAGAGUUCAUCUGUCAGUACUCACGCCCAGUCAAGGCUGUAUGGAAGAGAAAUGGCAUACCUGUACAAGCAGAUGGUCGCAGGGUAAUAGUGGAAAGGGACUGGACUGUUGCAAGGUUGUACAUUAGCUGUGUGGAACCUCAGGAUGGGGGGAUUUACUCCUGUGAGGCAGAAGGGACUUCUGUUGUGGCACACCUAAGGGUGCAAGCCAAACCCAUUGACAUCGUCCAAGAACUGAGUAACAUGGAGACCAUAAAUGGCGGGGAAGCACUUUUUGAAUGUGCCCUGUCUCGCCCUGAAACCAAAGACUGCCGGUGGUUACUCAAUGACAUGCCUCUGAAGGAGUCUGCAACUGUGGAGAUAGUUUCCUUUGAGAGUGGUCGACGCCACCUUCUGCUUUUAAAAGACUUGCAUCCUUGUGAAAACACGAGGGUUACAUUCCAAGCUGGCACAUCAUCAACUACUUCCCUUCUGUCUGUCAAAGCCUGGCAACUGGAGGUGGUCAAGCCUUUAGAGGAUAAGACCAUCAUUGCAGGAGAGACAGUGGAGUUCAUUUGUGUUCUGAAUGAAGCUGUGCCAGAGAGAGUGACCUGGUAUUCUAACAGUGUUGAACUUCAAUGUGAUGAAAACUGGACCAUGAGAGCCAGCGGCUGUUCAUACAGCCUCAUAUUAAAAAAAGCGAGAACUCAGCCUACACAGGAAAUUACUUUUGCAGCUCGGGAUGCCUUAUCAAUGGCCAAACUCACUACACUGUCUGUGCCUGAUCCCCCUGAAGAUCCAGAGAUGGUCAGUAAAGGCCCUACUUUCGUCACGCUUUCUUGGUUCACACCGCUUAAUGAUGGAGGAAGCCCAGUUCUGGGUUACCGAGUAGAGAUGCGUCUUGUGGAUAGUGUCCUCUGGCUGCCCUGCCAUACAGAACCAGUGUGUAACACUGAAUUUUUGGUUGAGAAUCUCAUUCCUGGGGCAGGUUACAGGUUCCGUGUUGCAGCCAUUAAUCGUGCUGGCAUUGGCGAGCCUGUCCAGUUACCUCAAACCAUAACGCUAGAUGCACCAGUGACCAUUAGCAACAUAUUAAGCAGCUCUGAGCUCCAAAAAGGAAAGAUGAUUCGUUUGGAAUGUGAACUUUCUUCAGAGAGCAAACAAGUUACAUGGCUCAAGGACAACCGAGAGAUAGAGGUUGGAGUGAAGUACCAACCAGUUACAGAGGGCAAGAGCCAGGUUUUGCUCAUCAAGGACUUCCAGUCAGCAGACCAGGGUGUUUAUUCUUGUAUGGCCUCCGAGGAUUCAAAGACAUCAAUUAAUUUAAACCUUGAAGGAGAUGACACAACACUUUCUCAGGAUAUUGGUAGCCAGCCCAAACUUCCUGUUGAGGCUGCCUCUGAGGGAGACCUACACGCUUUGUGGGAGGCAGUGGCCAAGAAGCGAAGAAUGAGCCGAGAGCCCACAUUGGAUUCCAUUUCAGAGUUGCCAGAAGAAGAUGGAAAAGAAAAGGCACAAAGCAGAGAGAGCAAAGUACCUGCAAAGGACGUAAAAAAGGAGGGACCUGUUGAAGCAACUGCCAAAAUCACAGGGGAACCUAAUCUCUACACCAGUUCUGAUGAAGAAUCUCUAAGUGGGACAAGCCUAGUGUCUUACCUAAAGAAAAGCACCAAGUCCUCCGUAACUGUGGAAGGUACGGCUGAGACCACUGCCUCCAAGAAACUAUAUGAGCACUUCCAGAUGACUGAGCAGUCAGUUACACAAACAGCUGUGGAGCCUCUCAUGGAGGCUAAUGAAGGGGAUGGGUUGCUGGAGGCUGCUGUCAAGAUUCAAGCAGCAUUUAAGGGUUAUAAAGCUAGGAAGGACAUGCGACCAGUCUUCAAAGAAGUAUUCAAGGAUCAGACUAAAGAGCCCAAUGGGACAAUUCACCUAGAGUGCAUUGUGGAAGGAAAGCCAGACAAAGUUCGCUGGCUGAAAGAUGGUGAACCCCUAACAGAUGGCAAGCACUACCAUAUAGACAUCUAUAAUGAUGGCACCUGCUCUUUAGUAGUGACAGCUGCCACAACCAAAGACACAGGUGUGUAUACUUGUGAAGUGACCAAUAAGUUUGGCAUUACAACACAUAGUGGUAAAGUCACUAUAGGGUCACUGAGAGAAUCUUCUGGGCGACGGCCACUUACCCUGGGAUACAGUGCAGAUAGUGAAGCUGAGAGCUCUUCAGGAAGCGAGAUGGAUGAGACAUUACGUCAGGCGAGCAAAAGAUUACGACGACUUCUGCGUACUCGUCUUCCUCCAGAUGUGGAAGAGGAACCUUUUAUAAGUGCUGAUGAAGGAGAUUUACCGCCAACAGAUCUACAGUCAUACCGGGAGGAUGAUCUGUACAUCUACAUUCGCUUUGAUAACCGUGGUGAAGCUCAAGUGGCUUCUCAGCGCUUCGAGGAAAUGUUUACAUAUCAAGGAGCGCCCAUCGAAACCGCCAUAAUAGAAGCGGGUGCUAAGGUAGAGUUGCGGAUCACAAAGAUUGGCUUCUCCCAAGACGGCUGCCGAACCCCAACUCAGGAAAGGCCUGCUUUCAUGACUGGACCCCCUGCGGCCCCCGUCUUUCUCACGGAGCUCCGCAGCCAGGAUGUUCCUGACGGAUUUCCAGUCAGCUUUGACUGUGUGAUCACUGGCACCCCCCCUCCCAUUGUGCGAUGGUUUAAGGAUGGAAAGCUGUUGGAGGAGAACGACCACUACAUGAUCAAUGAAGAUCUGGCGAGCCGCCACCAGCUGAUCAUUACAGCUGUUCUCCCCACAGACAUGGGAGUGUACCGAUGCAUGGCAGAAAAUGACAGUGGCAUCGCCUCCAGCAGGGCUGAACUGAGGGUGGACAUGUCAUGCAGCUCAGAUUAUGACACAGCAGCUGAUGCCACAGAGACAUCGUCCUAUGUCAGUGCCAAGGGUUAUAUGUCUAGUUUAGAGCACAGGACGGACACAGAAGCCUUCGAGUCAGUGGCGGAGGACGAGCAACUUCCUCAGGUUGUGGAAGAGUUACAUGAUCUGUUCCUCAGUCCUGGAGCACCAAUUGCUAAAUUGAGUGUUAAGGUCAAAGGAUUUCCCACUCCAAGGUUGUACUGGUUUAAAGACGGCACCCCACUUCAAGCCUCGAGCAGAAUUUUAUUGUCGACCAAACGUGAUCAGCAUAGUCUUGAGAUUUUGGAUUUAAACCGCGAGGAUACUGGAGAGUACUCUGUGUACAUUAGUAACAUUGCUGGCUCCGCCUAUUCUUCAGCGCGACUGAACGUAUUGGGUCCUGGAGAGCGCCCAUCACCUGAACAGGGAAGAAUGAGAGAUUCAAAGGUGCCACUUGUGCCACCCCGAUUCCUAGAGAGGUUUAGCAACAAGAAGGUGAAACAAGGAGCAAGUAUAACGCUGUCAGUCAAAGUGGAAGGUUCCCCGACCCCAUCUGUGAACUGGUUAAAGGAGGUGUCAGAGAAGGAUAUUUUGUGGAUCAAGGCAGACACACCCGGUUAUAAAGUGGCCAGUUCUGGCUGUCAGCAUAGUCUAAUCCUCAUGGAAGUGGGAAAGGAACACAGAGGCAUGUACACCUGCAUCGCCACCAACCGUGCUGGACAGUCGGUCAACACGGCCCGACUAGACGUGGAGCUUGCAACGGAACAAAAGGAAAAAGUGGGAGCAGACAUUCUUGGAAUUACUAUCAGCCCACCUGAAGAAGAGGGUAAAGGAGAGAUCAAAAUACCCUACCUGGGUAAAGUGGGUACAGAGGAAUUUCUACAUAAGCUCACGACCCAAAUCACAGAAAUGGUAUCAGCCAAGAUCACUCAAGACAGCUCACAGAACCAUCAAGUGCUCCAGUGGAUGAAAUCUUGGCCCAAAGUAACCACUUCAUUACGUGUCCCAGGAGCCGACAGCGAUGAUGAAACCAAAACCCCUUCGGCAUCUCCAUUCCACGGUCGGUCACGGCCCGCUUCUCUGAUCGCAGACUCUUCAUCAGAGUCAGAUGAGGGAGACGCCAGAGGAGAGAUGUUUGAUAUCUACGUGGUGACUGCUGAUUACAACCCUAUUGGGGUCAGUAAAGAGACCAUCUCUCUGAAGGAGGGCCUGUAUGUGGAGGUUUUGGACUCUGCUCACCCCCUUAAAUGGCUGGUUCGCACCAAACCCACCAAAUCCACCCCGUCUCGGCAGGGAUGGGUGUCACCUGCAUAUCUCGACAAAAGGCUGAAGCUAUCUGCAGACGCAACAGACCUCCCAGAAACCAACGGAGAGGAACUCACCGAAACAGAAUACAAAAAGAAACUCUGUCAACUCCUUCAGGAUCUGAUCAGCACAGAGUCUGAGUUUCUGAAGGAGAUGGAGUUUGUCACGUCAAAUCAUCUGAAGCGUGUUGGCGAGGAGAGCACUUCACCUCAUAUCACCAGCCACAAGGAAACUAUCUUUCGUAACAUCGACGAUUUGAAGAUUUUCCAUAACAGCUCUUUAUUGCCUGGUCUGCGUGAGUGCGACACAGAUGACGACAUCGCUAUGCAUUUCCUGAAAAAUUCUGAAGGUUUUGAGAAAUAUCUGCAGUAUCUCGUUGGACAGACCGCGGCUGAGUCUGCUAUCGGCGAGAAGGACGUGCAUCAAUACUUUAAGGAUUAUACAGCCUCAGAGUUGGUGAAUGUUGACCCCUCAGAAGGUCCUGUGUUGAGUAUUAAUGCUUAUCUUCAGAGGCCGCUGGAGAGAAUACAAAAAUACAGAGCUUUGCUGAAGGAUAUGAUACGUAACAAAGCGAGGAACGGUCAGAACUGCUGCUUACUUGAGCAGGCCUACGCCAUGGUGUCAUCUCUGUCACAGCGCUCGGACAACACACAUCAUGUGUCUCUUAUCGAGAAUUACCCUGCCAACCUGGAGGCACUGGGAGAACCCAUUAGACAGGGACCUUUUAUGGUUUGGGAAGGCGCACCUGGAGUUCGCACAUCCUCUAGAGGUCAUCACCGUCACGUCUUUCUCUUCAAAAACCACGUGGUCAUCUGCAAGCAGAAGAGAGAGACAACCACAGACACGCAGACAUACGUCUUCAAGAACAUGAUGAAGCUCACAAACAUUGAUGUAAACGAGACUGUGGAGGGAGACGAGAGAGCGUUCGAGAUCUGGCACGAGCGAGAAGAUUCGGUGAGGAAAUACACGCUUCAGGCCCGGACCGUUAUUCUGAAGAACUCCUGGCUCCGUGACCUCCGUGAUCUUCAGCUGCGAUACAGCAUGCCAACGUGGUGCCAUCCAGAUUUUGACGCAGUGCUAACAGAUUGCACAGCAGAACUCGGACAGACGGUCAAACUCGCCUGUAAGGUCACCGGCGUUCCCAAACCACAGGUCACCUGGUAUAAAGACGGGCGUCCCGUAAAGGCGGAUCCUCAUCACAUCAUCAUCGAGGACCCGGACGGCUCCUGCACGCUCAUCUUAGACAACAUGACGGCAGAAGACUCGGGACAGUACAUGUGCUUUGCUACAAGCUCUUCGGGGAAUGCCAGCACACUUGGAAAAAUCACUGUGCAGGUACCGCCACGUUUUGUGAAUAAGAUCAGGAACGCCACACUCUUUCAUGGAGAAGAUGUUCAGUUCUCUUGCAUCAUUCAGAGUGCACCGAGUCCAAAAAUAAGAUGGUUUAAGGAGGGUAAACUGCUGACGGAUCAAGAGAAGUAUCAGACGUACGGUGAACCUCGCAGUGGAGUUCUGGUUCUGGUUAUCAAGAACCCUGGAGAGAGAGAUCUGGGUCACUACGACUGUGAGCUGUCUAACCGUCUGGGCAGUGCCAGGUGUGGUGCUCAACUGGUCACUCCCGCUGUGGCGAUGGCUGGAGAACGCAGAGCAGAUCAGGCCAUCUCUAUAGAAGUGACAGAACAGGAGACAAAAAUGCCGAAGAAAACCAUUAUUAUCGAGGAGACCAUCACCACCGUAGUGAAGAACACACGCAUGAAGCGUCACGCGUCCCCCCGGGCCUCCUCUAUGGGCGCUUACCGCUCGGAGACCUCCACGCCCGAACCGCCCAGACAGAGAAGACCUCUGGCUAGAAAGACCGUCCCGACGCUCUACGUUCAGGAGUCUGCGGGGGCCACGGCCAGGAAUCCCAGAUGGGUAGAAGUCGAGGAGAUAAUUGAGUAUAAAGUCAACAAAUCACCUAGGUUACCAAGAAGAAGAGGCGUUUCCCCCGGCAAGCCAUCACCGCCUGGCAACCCGAACACUAAUAACUCAAACAACAAGUUGGUGGAGAUGAGUGCUGUGACUUCACAAGAAGAUUCUGCACAAAACGAGGCGGAGGUUGACAAUCUCCCCAUGACAUUUGAAGAAAUAUCCGAUCUAGAUGAAGAUGAAGGAACCAUCACCCUUGAGCCGGAAGACGGUCAGGAUGGUGCCACCCACGAGAGUCGAGUUCUCACUCUUGAAGACCUCGAGGAUUACGUCCCUCAGGAAGGUGAAACCUUCGGCAGCGCUACAGACCGCCAGCCAGCCGUCCAGACGCCCUGCGAGAUCUCCGUCUUGCAGAGAGAAAUUAAUGAACCCGCCAUCGGCAAACCCGUUCUGUUGAACGUGGGCCGUCCCGUGGAACCCGCAAGGCCUCGCAUGGGCUUCUUCAGCACCUUUAAGGAGCACCUGACCGGCGUGUUUACUCCAAGUCCCUCAGCGAACACCGGCUCUCGGAUGAGGCGAGAGAAGACCGUACCCAUUCUCGUGACGAGGGAACCUUCAUCCAACUAUUCACGCUUGGCGAGCCUUGAGGUCCAGCCGACGUACUGCUCUGAGGUCCAGAGAGGGGUGGAGGGUGGUCAGCAAAGCUUUAAAACGCAAGUUUCUGCGCGAACUCGCAGCUACGCGCCAACCGGACAAGUUACUGUGCAAAUCACACAGAGGAACCCGUCAGAAAAGCAGUAGGAGAGAAUGUGACCCAGGAGAUGUGUUCUGGGUGUCUGGAGGUACAGUGGAGAGAUCGCCUCGGUCAAAUCUUGCGUGAUGCUCUGGAGGUACAAAUCAAUAGGAAGGCGUCGGCUAACACCAGAUCGUUCCUUUUGGAAACUGCCAAACUCAAGGUCUUUAUAUCCAUCAAACGUCCUGAGACGUACUUGACUUCCCGUAACCACGUGAAUCUGCAAAUAUGGACAAUCCAUCCGUCCAAGCACCAGAAACUCCUAAACACCUGAGAUUUCCUUUAGGAAUCUGCUUAAGUCAACAUAACAAGUUUGGACUCUGACAAUAUGAUCUGAAUGUGUUUUUCUUUCGAACGUCUGAACAGCCAAAUUAACUUUAUUUUAAACCAAGAAGUUCGUGUAAGCGUUCUUUUGGUGCGACACACUGCGAUUGAAGGUCUAGGUUGCUUUGUGUACCAAAUACGCAGACCUUGAUGAUGUCAUCGAACAUUAAACAUUAUUUAAAGUGGAAAAUUAUGUCAUCAUUUGCUCACCCUGUCAUUUCAAAGCCGUGUGACACAAAAUUAUUUGUCCAAAUGACAUGGGCUCCCAUUGACUUCCAUUGUAAAAACACAAAGAGUUCACAUUUCUCUAAAUAUCUUCUUGUGUUCCUCUGAAGAAAGUCACACAUACAGAUUCUGGUGAAUAAAUGAUGGCUUUCAUAUUCUUUUUAACGUUACAUUUUUGUUUGUUAGGUUUGUAGUCUGACGAUUAUUUCCAGGUGUUAAGAGAACGGCUUAAGAAUGAUGUAACACAAACUCUAUUUAUGACUUUAGGAAUAUUUAUUUUUAACUGUCUUUCUUGUGCGACAUGUUUUGAAGCAGUAUUUACAGGUUUUAAGUGUUGGAGAUAAUAACGAGUAAUAACGAAUAGAUAUGAAAUGUGUUUGAUUCUAGAUACGAAUGUAAAUGUCGUGUCGACCCAAAUCUGUGUGUAACGUAAUUUUUAUGGUUGAAAAAACAAAUCUAAACGUGUUUGUCUGGAAAAAAUCAGCUCUUGAUUUAAAGAGCAGCGUAUAUUUCUUUGUGUGAAUACUUUAGAGUCGGAUUGGUAGAGAAUGUCAAUAAACAUACAAUAAAACACAGGGUUAACUCCAUG